GGAAUGAACAGGAAGAUGUUUGACACACAGACAAGCAGCAGCAGGAUGGAGAUACUUGGCUUGAUUCUCUUCAUGUGGGCGUCUCUUUCAGAGGCCUUCAACAUCGACACUGAACAUCCACUGAGAUUUAACGGCACGCCGGAAGAUUUCUUUGGUUACAGCGUUUAUCAGACUGAGUUUGGAAACAGGAAGCAGAUCAUUGUUGGAGCUCCAUUAGAAGGAAACUCAACAGGGGAGAUGUACAGCUGCACAGCAGAUCUACAGUCCUGCACACGACUGCAGCGGCCAGGUUCGGAGAGCGUCCUCUUCUUCGGCAUGUCUGCUGCUGUGUCUUCUGCUGCUCUCACUAGCUGCAGUCCGUAUGUUCCUCAUGAGUGUGAUGGAAACUCGUAUCUGAACGGUGUUUGCUAUCAGUUCAACAGCAGCUUACAGACCGUCUCUAACUUCACCGCCGCUUACCAAGAAUGCACCAAGAGUGGAGUCAAUCUGGUGUUUCUCUUUGAUGGAUCCAGCAGUAUGAAACAACACGAGUUUGAAAUGAACAAAAAAUUAAUUAAAGAUGUUAUGAAAAAUCUUUCAAACUCACCAAUAAAGUUUGCAGGAGAUGUACGAACUGUGUUUGACUUCAACGAUUAUCAGAACGGCUCUGCUGAAGAGAAACUCAUGAAAGAGAAACACAUGAAAUCUCUCACAUGCACAUAUAAAGCAAUCAACUACGUUCUAGAGAAUCUGCUGAAUAGCGUGUCAUUUGGAGCCAAUCCCAACGCUCAGAAAGUUCUGGUGAUGAUCACAGAUGGAGACCCCAGUGAUAACGAUGAUUAUAAUGUGCUAAACAGAUAUGAUGAUCAGAAUAUCCUCCGUUACGUCAUCGGGGUGGGAAAAGUUGAUUUAACUGGACUCACUCAGCUGGCAUCAGAACCAAAACAGAACAACACCUUCUACAUUAAAGACUACAGAAGACUUAAAGGACUUCUUGACAACCUGCAAAAAAAUAUCUACAAUAUUAAAGGGUUAAAGGAUGCUCAAGGCAGAGACAGACAGAAAGAGUUAUCACAGAGUGGAUUCAGUGUCGUCUACCAGGAGGACUCUGUGAUCGUGGGUUCGGUCGGAUUGAAUGACUGGUGUGGAGCUCUGUAUGAAGUGACAGGAUCAGGAUCUGAAUUCAGACAGACAGAGAUCAUUGAUCCAGCUGUAAAUAAAGACUCGUACAUGGGUUACUCUACUGUGCUGGGAAUGAGACGCGGCGUCUCUCUUUUGUUCUCUGGAGCACCGCGGGCUGAACACAGGGGUCUGGUUACCCUCUUCACCAAGAAUGAAAGCACAUGGACAGUGAUGAGCAACUUCAACGGAGAACAAAUUGGCUCAUAUUUCGGAGCGUCUCUGAGUGUGUUGGAUGUGGACUCUGAUGGAGACUCAGAUUUCCUGCUGGUCGGAGCUCCAUUAUUUUACUUGUCUCAGCCGAGGGCUGAAGGGAGGCUGUACGUCUACACUUUAUCAGAACAGAGUUGUCAGAAGACUCUGAAUGUGAGUGAAUCAACCACUGGCAGAUUUUCUGCAUCUGUGGCUUCACUAAAGGACCUGAAUGGAGACAGUCUGUCUGAUGUGGCGGUCGGGGCGCCGCUGGAGAAUGAAGGAGUGGUCUACAUCUAUCUGGGCCACAGGACACAUGGCAUAAACACUGAACACGCUCCUCAGCGGAUCCCAGCUCGGUCAGUUCUGCCCGGUCUGCAGCAGUUUGGAGUGUCUCUGUCUGGUCAGAUGGACUUGAAUGAUGAUAAUCUGACAGAUAUCGUGAUCGGAGCACAAGGAGGAAUUGUCCUGCUCAAGGCUCGGCCUAUGAUGUCUGUAUCUGCAGAGCUCAGUUUCAGUCCAAACGAAAUCAGUCUGAACUACUUUGAAUGUCCAGGUGCAAACACAUUUAGUGCAUUUAAUCUCACGUCAUGUUUCACGGUGACCGAGAGAACAAGCAGCACAGGAUCUCUGGAGAAGAAGAUGAAUGUUUCUCUGAAUCUGAAUGUGGAUGUGGUACGAGGAAUGAGUCGAGGAUUCUUUGAUCAGAGCAAUGUGUCGUCCAGGACUCUGCAGCAGUUUAUCCUGCUGGAUUCUGGGUCCUCCUGUUUUAACUUCUCCAUCUUCAUGCUGCGCUGUGUUGCAGACACAGUAUCUCCUCUGAAGAUACGAAUGAAUUUCUCACAAACUGAGAUGUUGUCUGGAAACUCUCUGGCUGUUCUUGACAUUCACAGCAGGACGGAGGAGUAUGUCGAGGUUGCAGUGAAGGUGAAGUUUGUCGCUCCACUCAGUGAGAUCAUGUUGAUCGUCGGAAGUUCCAUGGGGGGUGGGAUCAUCGUGUUCAUUAUCAUAUUGGUAGUGCUAGUCAAGCAUGGAUUUUUUAAACGGAUGCGCCCUCAAGACUUCUUCCAAGCGGAUGAAAAUGUGACCUUGGUAUAGAAAACGUCGGCAGACAGAAAGAGAAUGGAGGGAUAUAAAAUGGAGUGAAAAUAUAAUUUAUUUAUUACUUAUAAUCCUUAUCUUCAUCUGUAUUUUAUUUUAAUUUCAAAAAAGUAACCUUUAUAGUGCUAGGUGUGGCCGAUAUACUGGUACAGACAUGUAAUGUUAAUAAAACAGCAAAGGUUUUG